AUGGCCAACAACCAGGCGUUCUACGUAAAAACCCAGGACAAAGAAACAGUCGUAUCGACAUCGGGGGCUUCGCACAUUCAGCACUCCCGUCAGACUCCUCUCGGCCUGGACCAAAAUUGCGUGACACUCACGAAGACACGUACCUUCCUCUCUGCUCCUACGCCCCACUCUGGACAACAGUCGCAGGACCCUUCGCACCCAGCCAUCGACGACGGUAGCGUUCUCCUAUGGUCCGUCGAGCACUACAAUAGCAUAAAUACCGAUAAAUCGCUCAAGGAUCUCGGCCUCGUCCCUCCCGAAGAUCGCCUCAUCUCUUCAGAUAUUCUUUUCUCUUCGGAAGCCAUCACCGGAGCGGCCAGGUCUCCUCAAAUGCUCUGCUACCAGGCCCCCUCGGGGUAUAUGACUGACCCAUCCAGCUUGGAUGCCAACCAUGCCCAUCUCUUGCUGCAACUUAUCUCUCGAUUUCCGGAGGAGCCGUACGUGGAGAUCCUCUGCAAGGAUGACUCUGUCCACUUUUCAAUUGCCGACGACUUCGAUCCUGCUUUGAUUCGCACGGUCGACUGGGAAGUCCUCACGGGCGACAACGGUGAGCAGCGCGGCCUUCUGCUUUUCCAACCCGCUGGUAUCGACAUCCCUGCCUCUAGCUGGGUCGUCUCUUUGCAAGCAAUUCCUCUCACCCAGGCUCUGGACGUCGAUUUCUACAACCGGAUCUUGGCACGCCUCGUCACUGAUCACCACUUUCGAUAUCGUGUCGCUGAGGGUCAGAUAGAACCGUCAUUUGGUCCUACCUUUUCCCACUUGCAGGAAGUCUGGAUCAAAACAAGGAGGGCCUCCCAGAGGGUGUAG